AAACCAAUGUGAUUUUUGGAUUCAGCUCAUCAAAAUUACCCUAAAACAGUUGAAAAACCACAGACAUUUUUUGGCUGUUGAUCUGUGUAAUCAAUCUUCUAUCGAUUGAUUAUAUAACUUCUCUUUGGCUGCUGAACUUUUUUUAACAGAACAACAUCUCCCAGUGUGGGCGCGUUUUCUCCUGAUUGUAGGAAAAAACUUCUAAACAAUCUUUCUUGAGUUUCUUGCUCAACUCUUGAGAAAAUACUUCGUUUGUUGCAUGGAUCUAUGAAGUCCUUCUUGGAAACUUUUCUUCAUUCACUCCCUUUGCUGCUGAUCCAGCCUGAUAACUUUACCUAACUGAAGUCGGUGUUUGCCUCGUCUCUCGUUGUUGUUCUGGUCUCCUUUCCGUCCCGUCUUCCUUUGUCCUGUCCUAUUGUUAUCAGUCAUGUAACUGGAGGUUUGACUCACUGGCUUUAUCCCACCAUCUGCUCCAGUUCUGGGCUGCAGCUCCAUAAACUGUAACGUGGUGCUGACUGAGGCCCAGGGCGACUUCACGUCACCCUGCUACCCCCAGAAAUACCCCAACUCUCACACCUGUAAGUGGACCAUGCAAGCGCCGACCGGCUUCAUCAUCCAACUCUCCUUCUUGGACUUUGAAUUGGAAGAGGCACAGGACUGCAUGUAUGACCGGGUCGUGGUGAACACCGGUAGCACUGAGUCAAAGUUUUGUGGUCUGACGGCCCGAGGUUUGACACUAAACUCAACAAGGAACGUGAUGGAGGUUUCUUUCAUCUCUGACUUCAGCAUACAGAAGAAGGGCUUCACGGUUAGCUUCCAACACGUCGCAGUGGCUUUGAGGAACCAAAAGGUGAAAAUCCCAAAUGGUAACGGACAAAUCGCAGAGGUCAUCAACUCCGUUUCCAUACCGGCGCUCAAUGAAUUGACCAUAUGCUUUGAGGUGGAAAGAACAGGCUCCAGACAGAAAGAAUGGCUCUUCACCUACUACGACAUCAACAACAACGUGGCGUUAAGCUUUGGCUACAAUCAGACGGGCAUGGAAAUGGUUAUUGACGGAGUGGUCUGCCCAGUAGAGUCGAUCAUCUCUGUGGCUGAGUUCACCUCUUCCAUGAAGUUCUUCUGUGUCCUCUGGAUGUCCUCCAACAGUCGUGUGGCUGCUUACUUCAAUAGGCGCUACUAUGGGAAGAGCUGCUCGCCAUCUAGUGGCCACUCUGUGCCAGCUGGAGGAGUCUUCAAAUUAGGAGGCUUAGGGGUGCAGAGUUUCAAAGGGAACAUGUACAACCUGCGCCUGUGGAACCGAGCCAUGACGGUCCAGGAGCUGAGCGGCUUGACCUGCGACAUGGUGGGGAACGUCAUCGACUGGGACAACAGCCAGUGGACCAUCUCGUCCUCUCUUGCUCAGACUGACAACACACUUAGCUGCAUCUGCUACCCUCAUUGCAUUCAUUUAACUGCUGCUGCGCCCACUAGUGGUUCCAACCCGGCUACAGGCUGCGACUCGGGCGGACUGGGCUGCUCAGCUGCUUCCUCUCCCACCAACUCAUCCACUGACUCCACUAACACCAGCCAUGCUAUUAACGCCAUCUCCCACGCCUCCCCUCCUCCCAUCCCCUCCACCUCCACCCCUAGCAUGCCUCUAACCUCAGCCUUCAGCACCAGCUUUAGCAGCAGCAGCACUUCCAGCUCCUCCUCUUCCUCUGCUUCUGCCUCCAUCAACACUACCACUACUUCGCCUCCAUCCACCACUGCUCCCAUUGCUUCAACCAGCAGCACACAUGUGGAGAGGACUUCUGCAACAUACCCCAAUUCUCCAAGGCCCAAACAUAAAACUCUAGUUAGUGGAUUAACUCCUGGAAGAAACUUUGGACUUUUUCAAUCGAUCAGAAGAACCCGGCGUGCGUUAUCGUCCAACCCCCGUUCUCUAACAUCCAGUCAGUUCAGUCCUACAGGUCAAGACUCCAGACCUCCAAAGUCACAGCAUCAGCCCAGAGUUAUUGCUUCAGCCACAGGUCCAGCCUCCCCAGUGGAUCCAUCACGCCCACGACCCCCCGCUGCCUUCCGGGGUUCAGCUUUCUAUCACAGCCCCAAACACUCCCUGGGGUUCAUCUCAACCCCCCUGAGGAAAAGGCCGAGUGGAGGAAGGCGACCAGCUGCCACCCGAGCAACCCCCAGCAGGGUGGAGGUUCGUGUGACAAAACCUUCCCCUCUAAAACCCGGACUGAAGUCGACAGCCAGCCCUUCCUCUAGGAACACGUCUCCCAUGUUGGGAAAUCAGCUAAACAGUUUGAUUUCCACAGCAAAGUCUUCAUCUUCCACCCAUAAUACCACAACAGUCAAGACCCCCACAACCAGUCGAGACUCUGAAACUCUUCUUGCACCCAUACCAUCACGGGCCUCGUCUCCACGGCAACAUAAAGGUGAGGUGUCAUCAUCGUCAGGGCUGAGUAACAGAAAGAGCAAACCUGUAGCGCCCCCUUGGUUCCCUCUGAGCGUCAGCGGUGGUGAUUUCCUAACGAGGAACUGGACGGAUCCUCUGGAGUACUCUUCAGGGUCUGACAUGUUCAUGUAUGAUUUGGGUGACAUGUAUGAGUACGAUGCUGUUUCCUCCCAGGAAGCACUUCCUGCCAGCUCUGUAACAAGAGUCAGUGACACUCUGAAGGAAAGCGAUGCUAAAGAAAUCUCUCCAAAUAACACGAGUCUGAUUGAACCAGAGUUUGAUGAACCGUCGGUGUCUUUAACCGAAACUGCAGCCUCACCCUCUGCUGCUGUUUCUCCGAAGGUUCCCCUGAAACAACUUGUUGCUGUUUCUGUCUCACAGCAGAAACCCAACAGAACUCCUGAUUCCUCUCUUUCUGUGGAACAAACUGGGUAUCUGCAAAUAACUUCAUCUGCCAAAAUUCAUCCCUCCCCUGUUUUUCUCUCUCUCUUCCCCGCCUCUCUUCAUCCUCCAUCUUCCCCACCGUCCCUUUUGGGUCCCACUGAGCCACCCUCUGUCUCCUCCAGCAGCUUCCCUCCUCUUCUCCAGCUUCAUGCCUCUCCUUGGGUGUCAGGAACCUCCCAUCCUUCUGGUGUACCGCUUCCGUCUCCAACCUCAACCCUCCAGAUGGGAUUUGACCCCAGAAAUCCAUCUGUGUUAUCACAUCCUCUCCUUUCUGAUUCCGUCUCUGAAUCCCAGAUCCCCUCUGGUGUUGGUGCACUCUUCCCUGAGUCCUCCAUGUCUUCUGAGGAAAGACUAUCCAGUGUAACAGUAACUGACUCUAAAUCAGACCCAUUAAGUGUCUCAGAUGGAACUCCACUGAACAAAUUCUUAAGAGGGAAUAAUCCAGUUUCCAGUUCACCUUCGGAGAAUUUGUCUGAGGUUUUGAGGCCAAUCACUCCGUCACUACAUCCGUUCUUACUCCAGCCUGAUCUGAGAGAUUUAAAGGAUGUAAAUCUGUUUCCAGAUCAGUCUCAUCUGGGUCGCCUAUCCACCCCAGCUCGGCUUCCUGCUUCCUUGUCCUCUUCGCCUUCAGAUAUUUUCCCUUCUGUCUUAAGCGACAGCCUGAGGACGUCGUCUGAGACGUCUCCUCCUUCUGUAGGGAACUCAAAACAAAUCAUAGGGAAUCCUGCUCUUUUUCUGGCCCAAACAUCAGCAGCUCCCUCUCAGGUGGAUCACGAUGACCCAUUUAUUCAGUCUUCUUUACCCUCGCCUGCCGUUCCACUGACAACACAUCGCAGAACCGCCGGAGCACAGCUGGGAAUCCCGGCUCCUCUGCCAAAUAACUCACACCGGAUUCCAAACUUAGCACACACACAUCAGCCUCUUUCUCCCUCUGUUCCUCACAUUCCUUCCCCUGCAUCCUUCCCCUCUCCCCCCACUCUUGCCUCCAGCAGGGCGACAUUAGCAACCGUCAGCGUGACAGAAGCAGAAAUUGGCUUUCUGUCACCCACUCGACCCGCAGCGGCGUUCCUGAACAAACACUUCCAGACCCCACACCGAGCCGACAUGCAGCCUUUUGAGCUCUUUUUCUCCCUCUCUGGGAAACAAUCUUCCACACUCUCUGGAGAUGAAUGGGAAGCCAUUCCCUCGCAGCCUUCGCUUCCUGCCAGAGACGCUGUCAGUGAUGAAGUUGACUCUCAUCCUGCGAACGGCUCCCUGAAAGCAGACGCCUCCAGAAUUGAUUCCAUAUUUGAUCUUGCAGAUGUCGCUCCGAAGAUGCUUCCUGCUGAAGAGCGAGUCUCUGAAGUCGGAGUGAGUUCUACGGCUGAGAGCAGGAGAGACGGGAUGCAGGAAGCUGCAACAGGUUGUUUGAUUGCUGCUUCUAAACACACAAACAAUCCAAGCAUGAUGGAUGCAUCUCAGCAAAUCACUUCUGCUGUUACCCCAACACCCCUGCCAUCUUCCGACCCCAAUCCAGCAGCUUCCAGGUCCCCCACCAGCUCUUCCAUCCAUGCCCCAAAUCAAGACAUCAUGUCUGGGCUAAAAGAGCUUUCCGCUAUCGCAGACACAAAAAACAUCUCCAUCAUGAAUAAAGACAUCAUUCUGAUGCUCAAAGACGCCCCUCUGGAGCCAGCCGAAGUGACAAACUCCACACGGCCCAAAAAUGCUUCUGAAGAUUCAAGUCCUUUAGAAGAACCAGCUGUUGCAAAGCCAAACCCGGCUUCAGAUCCGAACCUGUGGAACCACGGAGUUUUCCUAAAACCAUCUGCAGCUACAACUACUUCCUCCUCCUCAGCCGCUCCACUCAGAGACCCGAGUCCGACCACGCUGCGUCCCGCUCUGACUGCUGGUUCCUGCCACUGCAAACUGACCUUUGAUUUUCCGUGUCUGUGCAGAGAGUCAUCAGGGAACAACGGUUUGUUCUACCGGGUUUCCUUCACGGUGGAGUCUAAGCUCAGCCAGCAGGAGGUGCAGCGAGCCACAGCGCUUUGGAUUAAUCAAACUUUUCAGAACUGGACCCAUUCUUUGGAUUACAUCAGAGUUCAGCAGAACGCAGCCUUGAACAGUUUCACCUGCCAGGUGCUGCUGAUGAUCACCAACGAGAGCCUGGGUGAAGCCGACGUGUUGGACCAGCUGAACAACAACCCGGCCGGCACCAGCCUGCUGGGCCAGGCUGCCAACAUCAACGUUCACCAGAUCGAGAACUGCCCAGAGGACAACAACCUCCACUACCUGUGGCCUGAGACCAAACCCAGAGUCACUCACUUCCUGCCCUGCUUCCCCAACAAGGACCAGAGCGCCUCCAGAACCUGUUUGAUAAACCCAGAAACCUUCCAGUCUGUCUGGUCGGCUGCAAACCUCGCCAACUACUCAGUCACUGCAGAAAAUGCAGCAGGCGUGGCGGAGCAGCUGGCAAACUUCACCAAGAACACUCUGUCCAGGGAGGAGGUCUCUCAGGUCGUGACGAAGGUCCAGGAACUGGUCAGCGUCGCCAAGAUCGACACGGCGGUGGCCGAAUCAGUGGUCCAUAUCAUCUCUAACGUCAUGGUCAGCUCAGAGAAAGCGUCCAACAUAGCUCUGAAAGCUGUGGACGAACUGGCUAAGAAGGUGGAGUUUGAUGGUGCGUCGGUGCACAUCAACUCUAAAAACCUGGCUCUGGGCGUCCUGGCGCUCGACUCCAGAUCGUUCAACGGGACGUCAUUCAGCGCCUUCUUCCCUCCAAACUCCACUGACCCCCAGAUCGAGUUCGACCGGACAGCCAACCCGUUGGCUCAGGUCACGCUUCCCGCCUCGCUGCUCUCCGGAGUCUCUGCGGACGUUUUCAGCCGCUCGUCUCUGUCCAGGAUCAACUUCAUGUUCUUCAGCAGCCCCAGCCUCUUCAUGAAAGAGCAGAAAGGUUUGUCUCUGAACAGCUACGUGGUGGCCAGCAGCGUCGGGAACAUUUCCAUCACGGACCUGCAGGAUCCGGUGAAGAUCGAGAUCGCACAUCUGUCUGAUCAGGGGUCGUCGCGUAGAAAAUGUGUUUUCUGGGACUUCAGCAUGAACAGGGGCGAUGGAGGCUGGAAUAACCGCGGCUGCAGCGUUUCUAAAGAAUCGACCUCCAGCAGGACCAUCUGCCUCUGCAACCACCUGACCCACUUCGGCAUCCUGAUGGACAUUUCCCAGACUUCCUUUAGAAUCGAUCCAGAGAACAAGAAGGUCCUGACGUUCCUGUCCUACAUUGGCUGCGGCAUCUCGGCCAUCUGCUCGGCUGCCACGCUCCUCACCUACAUCGCCUUCGAGAAACUGCGACGGGAUUAUCCGUCAAAGAUCCUGAUGAACCUGAGCACGUCGCUGCUGUUCCUCAACAUCGUGUUCCUGUUGGACGGUUGGCUCGCCAGUAUGGUCUACAGCGAGGGGCUGUGCAUCUCUGCAGCCGUCCUGUUGCACUACUUCCUGCUGACGUCCUUCACCUGGAUGGGCCUGGAGUCGGUGCACAUGUACAUCGCUCUGGUCAAAGUCUUCAACACCUACAUACGCAGAUACAUCCUCAAGUUCUGCAUCGUGGGAUGGGGUUUACCUGCAGUGCUGGUGGGAAUCGUUGUCACGGCGAAUAAAGACUAUUACGGCGUCUUGAAUAACCACACCGAUGAUUCAGCAAUGAUGUGUUGGAUCAAGGAGAAGAGCGUUUUCUACACAACCUGCGUUGGUUAUUUCUGCCUGAUGUUCCUGCUCAACGUGGCCAUGUUCAUCGUGGUGAUGAUGCAGAUCUGCGGCCGCAACGGCAAACGCAGCAACCGCACCCUGCGAGAAGAGAUUCUCAGGAACCUGCGGAGCGUGGUGAGCCUCACCUUCCUGCUCGGGAUGACCUGGGGCUUCGCUCUGUUCGCCUGGGGACCCGUCUACCUGACCUUCACCUACCUGUUCACCAUCUUCAACUCCCUGCAAGGUCUCUUCAUAUUUAUCUUCCACUGCGCUCUGAAGGAAAACGUGCAGAAGCAGUGGAGAAGAUACCUCUGCUGUGGCCCCUACAGGCUCUCAGAAAACUCAGACUGGAGUAAAACGGCCACCAACAACACGAAGAAGGUGAGCUCAGACAACCUGGCCAAGUCGCUGUCCUCCAGCUCCUUCGGCUCCAGCACCAUCAACUGGACCUCCAAGGCUAAAGCCACACUGACACCGUUCUCCAAGCGAAACAGGAACACAGACAAAUGUUUCUCCAACCAGACCAGCCCCAAGUGUGUCUCCUCAUCCUCUUCCUCCUCGGAUGUGGAGCCUAACUCGUCUUCCUCCUCCUCCUCCUCCAUCCUUCCUGUCAGUCAGAUGAUUGACAAGGUGAGAGAUUACUGCUCCACGCGCACCGACAACUUCUACAAAAACAUCAUCAUGUCCGACAGUUUCGCCAACUGCACCCGGCUCUAGAGCUGCAGCUCCAGCUUCUGGAAGACCUUUUCUCUUUGUAAAUAUUCACGACUCGCUUUCAGCCUGGGAUGCGCCUCGUUCUGGAACAUCUUCAGGCGUUUAAGGCUCCUCUGUUGUUGCCAGAGGAGAUUGUUCUGAAUCUAAAGGAGCUUGGGGAAUCUUUGCAGAUCUGACCGGGAACGUCUUCUGGAACGUUUCCUUUUCCGUCCAGGAAAACGGAUCAGCCUUUCCGCCGUCCUAUUACGCACCUACAAUCUUAAGGAACAUGUUUUAUUUUAUUGUUUUCUUGUGUUAUAUGUGUUUGUUUGGUAUUGUAUAAGUAGUAGGAGUUUUACAAUGUGGAAAUCAUUUAGAUUGAGAAAUUUGUUCAAGUUCAGCUCAUUAAAACAGAAUCAGUGACAUUAAAAUCUAGUCCUGUCCUCAAAAUUUCUAUAAAUUAUGACAGAAUCAAUAAUUCAAUAAUUCCCCAAACCAGCUUUAAUGCAACACAGAAGAUUUUCUGAUGACCAAACGAGCAAAGUGUCUCAAGGCCAGAGAAACAACUGGCUGUUGCAAAAUAAAUUAUUAAAAAUAUAACAGCUGCAAACCGUAAGAAGCAAAAAAGUUAUUUUUCAAAAUGCUUGGUGGGAGUCCACAGCUGAGGGCUCCUGCUUUCUGCAUGGAGGGUCUUUCCUGGUGGUUGUUGGUGGUGGACUUUAAUUAUAAUAAAUAUUUACAUAAAUCUGACUGAGAUGAGACUGAGAUCAUGAAUUAGAAAUAAAUAUCUGGACCUUAUUUAGCCAUGAACGUUUAGACUUUCUUCUCUUAUAUAUUCCACACAAAAUCAGCUCAAUAAAAGACUAUAAAUCAUUUAAACAGUCGUCAAACCACCAAUACUGUAGCAGCUUAACUGAUUUAAAUGUAGGCGACAUGGACUUAUGGUGCCGUUUGUAAAGUCACACUGUCAAAACUGAACAGCAACAGUUUGGUUUAUAAAGCCAAACUGGAGAAAAACAUUAUUUCACUCACAAGUUCACCAUGUUGUUCAGUCAUUUAUUCACUGCUUAAAACUAAAUAUUUAACAUUUAGUCAACCAACUAAAUAUUUAGCUCCAAACAAAAUGUUCAGCAAGCUGAGUAUUUAGCUUCAAGCUAAGCAUUUAUAGUUACCAGGGUAAAUGCUUGAUUUUAGACAACAUGAAGCCACCUGUAAGCUAAAUAUUUAGUUAAGUAUGUAGUUGGUAAGCUGAAUAUCUAGCUCAGUAUAUUUGAUUUGAAGCUGUGACAUUUAUAAAUAAAUGCAUAACAUGAUGAAAUUAUUUACCAGCUAAAUAACCCAAACUACUGCUGGUCAUUUUUGACUGCAUGUGUUUUAUUUACUAUUGCAGCUGUAAUACAAAAAAUCUUUUCUGUAUUUCCUGAGUGGUUGAGAGCUAAAUGGUGGUUAAUAUGGUGACAUAUUUCCGUAUUGUAUAAGUUAUUUUCUGGCAGUAAGUAUGUCUUUAAGUGUUAUGGAAACAUCUGGCAGUGACCACAUGAUGCCUCCUGGAUUCAUUCAGGACUGAAGCUCCGCUGCUCAUGCAGACAAAAACCUUUUCCAUUUAAACUCAAAGAGAGGAAUGUUAAUCAUCACUUUAAUAAUCUGUUUAUACACACAGAAUAAGCUAUAAAGAGCAAAAUAUGGCAGCAGUUUUCACUCUGAUGUAGCUUCAGCCUCACCAAAGACAGAAUACUUUGGGUGAAUUUUGCUUCCUGAGUGUUCACUAGAACCAAAUGAUCUUUUGCAAACUCUGCAGAGCACAGAAACCCUCCUGGAAUCAGUUUGAGACACGUCAAGUCACAGGAACAAACCCUAAGUUAGAAACGACCCAUAAAACCUCCCAGUUUUCCACAUCCACGCGUCUCCAGGAUGACGAGGUGCUUCAGUUUGGAGCUAUAGGGUGGUCAGAGACGCUGAUGCGAUCCUACUGUAUCAUGUAACCGCCGGACUGUAAAAAGGGAAAGAGCCGGAGAGAAAUGGGCUGUUAUGUUCUGUUGUCUUUUUUAAUACUGUGAUGUUUGUUUGUGGAGCCAUAUCCUCUGUAAAUAGUGAUCUCUCUGUUCGAUGUGCCUCAUUCUGUGUGUGGAUGCAGGAAGCUGCAGUCCGGAUCGUUGUGAAGCUCCGAGUGCAGAACGGAUGAGACGGGAAAGACCAAACGGACUUGGUCCAGAUUAGACUUCUGUGUUGUUAGGAAACUGAUCUUUGAUUUCUCUCUGCAGCUGUUUGGGUGAAGAUUAAAUAAAUACACUUUAUUGUUACAUAAGCAGACUUUUUCCACCUUUAUGCUGCUUCAUUUUA